CAGACUCCAGGAUCUCAGACAGGCCUGCCCAGCUAUCUCUGCCACCACCUACCACUUCCAGCCACAAAGCCCCACCCUCGUGCUGUCAGAGUGGGAGGGACCACUGCUGGCUUAGGCCCAGCCCCACCCCCUUAAAGGCACACCCCCAUCAAGGCCCGCCCCUGGACGGGUGGAGUGACCGCCUACAAAAGCUCAGAAUUUCUAGCAGCUACUUUUUCAUCCGGGAGUUUCUGGUGCAGCUGAGUCCAGAGUGUGGGACAGCCAGGCUUUUCCUAGGCCGCCACCCCCCGGGUCAGGAAGUUUGGAGGAUGAGACCCUUCACCCCUGAGAUUUCCUCAGAUCCACCGGGUGCCACUGUGAUUCACCUGCUUCGCAUCUGUACCUUUCUGUUGACCUUGCUCUACAUGGCACAAGGCUCCAGGGGUCCUGUGAUACCCAACCGGCCCUUCAUCACCGUUUGGAAUGCAAACACACAGUGGUGCCUGGAGACCCAUGGAGUGGAUGUGGAUGUCAGUGUCUUCGAUGUUGUAGCCAACCAGGGACAGACCUUCCGUGGCCCCAACAUGACCAUUUUCUAUAGCACACAACUUGGAACCUAUCCCUACUACACACCUACUGGGGAGCCUGUAUUCGGUGGCUUGCCCCAGAAUGCCAGCCUGUAUGCCCACCUGGCCCGCUCAGUCCAGGACAUCCAGGCUGCCAUGCCUGAACCUGACUUCUCAGGGCUGGCAGUGAUUGACUGGGAGGCAUGGCGCCCACGAUGGGCCUUCAACUGGGAUACCAAGGAUAUUUACCGGCAGCGCUCACGGGCCCUGGUACGGGCACUGCAUCCUGACUGGCCAGAAACUUGGGUGGAGGCAAAAGCCCAGGACCAGUUCCAGGAAGCUGCACAGGCCUGGAUGGCAGGCACCCUUCAGUUGGGACAGGCACUGCGUCCCCGUGGCCUCUGGGGCUUCUAUGGCUUCCCUAACUGCUACAACUAUGAUUUUCUAAGGCCCAACUACACAGGCGAAUGCCCACCAGGCAUCUGCAUCCAGAACGAUCAGCUAGGGUGGCUGUGGAACCAGAGCCGUGCCCUCUACCCCAGUAUCUACCUUCCUGCAGUGUUGGCGGGCACAGGGAAGGCACAGAUGUAUGUACGUCAUCGCGUGAGUGAGGCAUUCCGUGUGGCUAUGGCUUCCAGGGACCCCAGUCUGCUGGUGCUGCCCUACAUCCAGAUCUUCUAUGACAUGACAAACCAACUUCUGCCCCUGGAGUUGGAACACACCCUGGGGGAGAGUGCAGCCCAGGGGGCAGCCGGAGUGGUGCUCUGGGUGAGCUGGGAAAACACAAGGACCAAGGAAUCAUGCCAGGCCAUCAAGGAAUAUAUGGAUACUACCCUGGGGCCCUUCAUCCUGAAUGUGACCAGUGGAGCUCUUCUUUGCAGUCAAGCCCUGUGCUCUGGCCAUGGCCGUUGUGCCCGUCGUUCCAGCCACCCUGAAGCUCUCCUCAUCCUCAACCCUGCCAGUUUUUCCAUCCAGCUCACACCUGGUGGCAGGUCCUUGACCCUGAAGGGUGCCCUCUCACUUGAGGAUCAGGCACAGAUGGCUAUGGAGUUCAGAUGCCACUGCUACCGCGGCUGGCAUGGGGAGUGGUGUGAACAGCAGGGCAUGUGAUGAUUGGCCA